AGAAGAAUCACAAAAACAAAUUGAGAAGCACAAUUACAUUAAGAAAACCGGAAAGGGUAGGUACCAGUCGGCAACAGGAGACAUCACUGAUUGGAUGUCCGCGCUGUUCGUCUUUGGAACCGGAAGUUACUCUGCCUGUAGCGCAUUUCUUUUGAAAAACGGCGGAAUGUUUUGUCCUAGCUAUGGGAAAAGUCUGGUUGAGGAGUCACCAAACUUUUGCAGCGGCUGUGGCGAGAGGCUUUAUCACGCAUCUUGCAUCGGAGACACUUCACUCCCAUUGACAUCACAGACUACCUCAAACUGCCCGACUCCAACCUUCAGCACCUUCUUAGAAUACAGAAAAAAGAAAAAUGAAGAGAGGCAAAAGUUUUCUGAAGGGAGGAAGGGCUUAAAGAAAAAGGAAAAAAGAAAGGUUCAGAUAAAUGUCGGCUUGAUGACCAUUAAAAAGGGUGGUUUGAAGCCAUACCGUGGAAAAACUAUUUUCCUAACAACAGACCCUGACGCUACUGCCACAAGUCUGCUCAAUCAAGCUGUUAAAAAAAUGAAGGACUUUAACAAAGAUCUAAAAGAUGGACCUUUCCUUCUUCUGUAUCCGGAUGGCACUGAGGUCAUUACUGUCCCUGGAACACAAAGACCAUUUACACUUGAGGCUUAUAAGGCUGAAGUUGGCAAGCCUUAUCAAAGAAUCACUGUUUUCAUCUGCUUGAAGAGUGACUUUGAAGAUGUUGGAGAAAACUCAGACUUGUCUGACUCUGACCCAGAGAUUGUUAUUAAAAGGCCCUCUGAGUUUGAUCUUGCUGAUACACUGCCAUUGGAACUUCAACAUGAAAGCAGUCCUUUACAGAAAGCGGCAGAAUAUGAGAAGGGUGCUGGGGAUCUUGUGCUUGCUAAUGAAGUACAACAGCUGCCAGGCAAGAUGAGUACUUUUAGCAGGAAAGAUGAUCGCUGUAUCCAUUGUGGAAUCAGAGUUUCAGCGCCACUGUAG